AGCAAAAGGUGUGAAGUGAACGUGACGUUUUGGUGUUCGUGAGUGGAUAGAAAAAUCAAGAUAAAGAAUAACACGGAAAAACUUUAUUGAAGCAGAGGCCUUGGAAUCAUUGAAUGAAAGGACGAUGAAGAAACAAAUGAGAAACAGAGUACAUGUAAAAAUGUGACAGUAACAGUCUUCUUAUUACAUUUUUUUUUUUUUUUUUGAAACACAGUCUUCUUAUUACAUAAUUCUCGAAACCUUUGACCAAAAUUGUAUUUUUUAAUGUAUAAAUCAGAUGUCAACUAAGACACGUUGGGUCUUGCACUAAAGUCUGAAACGAAGAAAAAGUUGAUCACAUGCGUGUGUACGCACUGAUGAUGCACGUCGGGAAAAUUUGUGGAUAAAAAGGCUGUUAUUUAAGGCCUUUAACAGGCUUAAUUGAUAAGUUGUUCUUAAGGCCCAUAACAGGCUUAAUUUACCGUUUAAUUAAGGUCCAAUGUAUUAAACCCAUUCGUAGAUUCACUAAUAAAUGUGGAAAAAUUUUAGUCACUGUAGUUGAAGUUUAUUAAUGUUUCUAUAACAGAAAUUUUGAAUUUUGAAUUCCGAAAAAAUUGAUUUAUCAACAAUUUUAUAAAAAAUAAUUCACGAGAAAUUAAUGAAAUAGAACAGUUAAAAACGAUUAUACUUAAAACAUUUAUUAGAAUCAUUUGGUUAAAAACUGUUUAAUUUAAUUUAUUUUUUCAAAAAAAAAACUGUUUAAUUUAUAGUUACUUACACUAAUUUAUUAUUCUAUUAUAAAUUAUAAAAGUAUUAUAUAAAUGAUUCUAAUAAAGGUUUAAGUAUAACAGUUUUAACUGUUCUAUUUUUAUUAAUUUCGUGUGAGUUAUUUUUUAAUAAAAUUGUUGAUAAAUCAAUUUUUUGGAAUUCAAAAUUCAAAAUUUUUGUUAUAGAAACAUUAAUAAACUUCAGUCAAAUUAUGGACUAAAAUAUUUCCACAUUUAUUUAUAGAUAGAUACAAAAUAAAUUAUUAUUUGACUUACCAAGUCUUUCAUUCAUGUUCCAUGAGGUUCACAAGGGGACGUUUUCUUUCUCGUCCCCUUCUUAAACAAUUUUUUGAAAGCGAAAACGUACAUACCUGACACAUUCUACAGUUUCAGACGACAACUGUUUCUUCUUCUUCUCCUACUUAGAACUGUUCUUUGCGUGAAUAUUGCCACAGAUCACAGGUAAAUGAACGAAUCUAAUCUUAAAUAACAUUAUUUAGUGCUUAAGUCAAUGAGAUUACUUGCUGCAGCCUACUCAUCCGAAAGCAACUUGCUAAUGUAAUGUGCUCACCACUCUUUUGAAACCUUCAAUAUAAAGAACAACAACAAUGCUUCAUUAGAUCACAAGCAAACAUUAGUUUCAAUCUUUAAGACAAAGAGAAUGAAGACCUUUUUCGUUUGCCUUCUUCUUCUCCUUUGUGUUUUAUCGAUCAACGCUGAUCAACAAGAAGAGAACCAACCAACAUCUCAUAAGAUUCUCCACAAAGUCCAACUAUGGAGAACUUCUUUGAAAGAAUCAAGCGCUCAAGAACUCAAGCUGUCUUCAGCAAUCAUUGUCGCUGGAGUCUUAUGCUUCAUGGCUGCCUUGAUCUCGAGCGCAGGUGGGAUCGGAGGCGGAGGUUUGUUCAUUCCAAUCAUGACUAUAGUCGCGGGGUUUGAUUUGAAAACAGCUUCAAGCUUCUCUGCUUUCAUGGUGACCGGUGGUUCCAUUGCCAAUGUCAUCAGCAAUCUCUUUGGCGGUAAAGCAUUGCUUGACUACGAUUUAGCCUUGCUUCUCGAGCCUUGUAUGCUUCUUGGUGUGAGUAUUGGUGUUAUCUGCAACAGAGUUUUGCCUGAGUGGCUCAUCACUGUUCUUUUCGCGGUGUUUCUCGCUUGGUCUAGCUUGAAGACAUGUAGAAACGGAGUUAAGUACUGGAAAAUUGAGUCUGAUGCUGCGAGAGGGAAAGGACAUGAGAGGCCAGAGAAAGGACAAGGGGAGACAGAGGAGGAUGAUACUAAGAGUCUUAAAGCACCUCUCCUUGAAGCUAAAGCGAGGAGAAACAAGACUCCAUGGACGAAACUUGGUGUCUUGAUCGUUGUUUGGGCGUCUUUCUUUGUUAUUUAUCUUCUUCGUGGUAACAAAGAUGGAAAGGGAAUCAUAACGAUAAAGCCUUGUGGUGUUGAGUAUUGGAUUCUGCUUUCACUUCAGAUACCUCUUGCUUUGGUUUUCACAAAGCUUGCUCUUUCGAGAACCGAUAGUCUCCAAGAGAGAUCCUCUAACAAUCAGAAAGAUCAAGAAGGUACAAGACUAGACCAGUCCACAAGGUUUAUGUUCCCGGUAAUGUCAUUUUUAGCCGGUUUAUUGGGUGGUAUAUUCGGUAUUGGUGGUGGAAUGCUUAUAAGCCCUCUUCUUCUUCAAGCUGGGAUACCACCACAGAUAACAGCAGCAACAACAUCAUUCAUGGUGUUCUUCUCAGCAACAAUGUCAGCAGUUCAAUACCUGCUACUUGGAAUGCAAAACACUGAAGCAGCUUACUUGUUCUCCUUGAUUUGCUUCUUUGCUUCGCUUCUCGGUCUUGUUUUGGUUCAAAAGGCAGUAGCUCAGUUUGGAAGAGCUUCCAUCAUUGUGUUCUCUGUAGGGACAGUGAUGUCUCUGAGCACAGUCCUUAUGACUAGCUUUGGAGCUCUUGAUGUAUGGACUGAUUAUGUGGCAGGCAAGGACAUGGGGUUCAAGCUGCCAUGUUAAAGAUAUUGUUCCUGAUCCUAAAUCACAAAACAAUAUCAUCGGUUUCUUUUUCUUGUUUUUUUUCUGUAACAUUAAGAGGCUCUAAAUUCAUCUCUAUGUAAGAGGGGGAUUUGGAGCAAAAUGGCACUGUAAUGUUUAUAUGUUUUUUUUGUAAAAUUUAAUAAUUUGUGGAUGUACCUAUACUAGUUAAGAUCUUGACUGGAAGCAACAGGUUAUAUGUCACAGUUAAGUAGAUGCUGGUGUUUUGUAGUCCUGUGUUAAGUGUAAUGUUCUGUAAGCAAAUGAAACAUGGAUAAAGCUACAUUGCUAAGUCAACAAACUGUUCCAUAAUCAUAUAGUUUCAAA